CGGUAAGGAGCAACAAAAAUUUCGAAUCUUGAAUCUCGCUCGUUGCUUGUCCUCACCACGGCUUUCUUUUGGCUCUUGCAGGUCGAGACUCGUGCGCUCACUCGGAAGAACAAGCGCAUACAUACUGGACAGUCAGGGCAAAGGCGUGUGGUCGCACAGCGGGCACGCAAGUUGGCGGGGCAAGAUGACAAGAGUGGUGGAUGAUGAUGCUAGCAAGGAGGAGGGCUCGAGCGCACCUCUGCGCGCGCACGUGCACCUGCACCCGCAGCUGCCUCCCAGUCGACAAAGCCUCCCCAGCGAGCUGCUCCGAUUGGCCAGAGCUCAUCCAGAUCAAGCCGCCCCUCUGGUCCGUACGUGGGAAGAUCUGCUCUUCGUAGGCAAAUGGAAACAUCUCCGACCGAUCGAUUUGAACGCUGCUGCUGCUCUCGCGAGCGCUUCUCAUCCCGCACGCUCUCUCGCAGCGCUCGUGGGUCUCAGGGCGGAGCAGAAUGUUCAGGAAGUCGUCUUGCCUUGCCACGUGCACCAUGAAUGGAGCGCCGAAGACUUCACCCACAUCUUUGCAUCCACUCGACAUCUCUCCGCAUCGCCGUCGUCGACAAGCGAUGCGCAAGCAAGCGCGGCGGCGGCGCAGUUGCAAGACGAGUCGAAAAGUGAAAAGGUGCCUCUGAUCGCCCAGGAAUAUUUCUUGCUUGCGGUGCUGUCCAACGAUUCGACGGUGGUGUACUACAAACUCGCCAGAGGUCUCGUCAAGCCUGUCAAUUGACCAACAUCAUCUCUUAUUGACUCUCGAUGUGCUGUAUCGCUCAUUUCACGUGUAUUUGUACGCCGUUGCCCCUCCGCGGGCCCCUUUGCUCGUGCCCGCCUAGCUAGGAAUCAGACUCACGACUUCGAAUCCAAUCAAGAC